UUUCUUUGGUUGUGUCGAGGUCUUUUCACUACUCCCCCUUCCUCCAAACAACCCACCCAUUGAAUUGAAUUGAAUUUGUUGUAGGACAACAUCAUCUCUUGGAAAGGAGCAAGCAAAGCAUGGUGGCAUGACAUGACUGUCUUUCUCUCUCCUCUGCACCAGCUUGUAACUUAUUGAGAGAAAUUGGAAGCAUUGGAGUUUGCUCAAAUUUGGUUUGACAUAAUCGCCCAUAUUUAUUAUUAUUUUUAAUUCCUCUUUUCUAUCUCACUUUGGACCCUCCGAAGAAAGAAGGGUCUUCAAAGCCCGUGUCUCUCUGUCUCCGCCAAACGUAUUUGAUCUUUUCCUCUCAUGGGUUUCGUUUACUCCAUUCAUUGCAUGCUUCUGGUGUCAUAUUUUAGCUGAAGCUCUUGGCUUUCAAUCUCUCUGGGUUGGCAUACUUUGUGGGUCUGAAGUUUUACUUGGGUUUAGAGUUGUGGGUGUAAAUGGCCACCAAUGCAUCUGGGUUGUUUACUACUCCUACAGUUCCAAACCUGAGGGGGAAGAUUAAGCCUUCAAUACGUAUUUUUGGAUCUGGGUUUCGCUCCCCUGAUGGAAUCUCCAAGAGGGUAUUCUGCUCCAGUACCUUUGAAGGCGCAGAGAAGCACGUUGGAGCUUCCCCUUCUGAAUCUAGAGCACCCAGGCUUGUUAGUAAAGGCUGCAAGUUAAUUGGAUGUGGCUCGGCGGUACCCUCUCUUAAGAUUUCAAAUGAUGAUCUUGCAAAAGUAGUAGACACUAAUGAUGAAUGGAUAUCUGUUCGCACUGGCAUUCAUAAUCGACGAAUUCUUUCAGGCAAAGAGAGCCUGACAACGUUAGCAGUAGAGGCAGCACUUAAAGCUCUUGAGAUGGCUGAAGUUGAUGUUGAUGAUGUGGACCUAAUCUUGAUGUGCACAUCUUCACCUGAUGAUCUUUUUGGCAGUGCUCCUCAGGUUCAGAAAGCGCUUGGCUGCAAAAGGAACCCUUUGGCUUAUGAUAUUACAGCUGCCUGUAGCGGAUUUGUUAUGGGUCUAGUAUCAGCUGCUUGUCACAUUAGGGGAGGUGGAUUCAAAAAUGUUCUAGUUAUUGGAGCUGAUGCUCUUUCUCGGUUUGUUGACUGGACCGAUAGAGGAACGUGUAUUCUUUUUGGGGAUGCUGCUGGUGCUGUAUUAGUACAGGCCUGCGAUAGUGAGGAUGAUUCUUUGCUUGCUUUUGAUUUGCAUAGUGAUGGUGACGGAAACAGACAUCUAAAUGCUGCCUUCAAAGAAAGUGAAACAGAUGAGUUGGGUUCUAAUGGUUCAGUCUUAGGUUUCCCUCCAAGACGCGCCUCAUUUUCCUGCCUUCAAAUGAAUGGCAAAGAGGUCUUUCGCUUUGCUGUGCGCGUUGUGCCACAGUCAAUUGAGGCUGCCCUUGCCAAGGCUGGUCUCCCGGCAUCUAGCAUUGAUUGGUUACUGCUCCAUCAGGCAAACCAGAGGAUCCUUGAUGGAGUUUCUUCUCGCAUGCAAAUCCCAUCAGAACAGGUGAUUUCAAAUUUGGCAAACUAUGGUAAUACAAGCGCUGCUUCGAUUCCUUUGGCAUUGGAUGAAGCUGUGAGAAGCGGGAAGGUGAAACCAGGCCAUACGAUUGCAGCUGCCGGCUUUGGAGCAGGUCUGACUUGGGGUUCUACUAUUUUCAGAUGGGGUUGAAACUUCAUCUCUCCUGCCAAGAUAGAGAACAUCCUAAUCCUAUGAAGCACAGUUUUGCAAUUCUUGCAUCACAUUCCAAAUGUGUUGGAUGUUGGGGGGCGUUUCAGUGUCAUAAUCUCCAUCAGCUCCCUUUUGUUUCCUUUCAUUCCUUUUUUGUUUCCCUUUUUUUUGGUAGCUUUGGUACCCUCAAUAAAAAUGUAUUCUUUCUUCCUCAGUCCAAUAAUUUUAUUUAUUUUUGUUUUUUGAGUCACAAUUCUGUAUCGUUAUCUCACUUGUGUAAUGAACAUUUUCCGAAACCAGAGUAGAGAGAACAGAGUUCAAAUUUA